AUGGCAAGAGAUCGAUAUCUAAACAUUCUUCAAUUUCUUUACUUUUCUGAUAAUAAAUUAGCACCGAAUAAAGAAGAUCCCGAGUACGACCGCAUGUGGAAGAUUCGAAAUGUCUUUGAAAUAUUAAAUUCUCGCUUCAAAGAAAUAUAUGACCCUACAGAAGAACUUGCGGUUGAUGAAGUUAUCGUUGCUUUUAAAGGUCGAGUAGUCUUUCGGCAGUACAUCCCGAAAAAGCGAAAACGUUUCGGUAUUAAAGUCUACAAACUUGCAGAUAAAAAUAGGUAUACGUUCAACAUGCGUGUGUAUCUGGGGAAGGAUAAGGUUUUAGGCGAUGGAGAAAAAUGUUCUGCACAUCGAACUGUCACUGGACUUGUUGAAUGUGUUAAAGGAAAAGGACAUAAACAUUUUAUGUAUAAUUUCUUUUCACCCCCACAAUUGUUUCUUGAACUUCACCGUAAGUAUAAAAUAAACAGCUGUAGUACCGUUAGGUCAAAUCGAAAAUAUUAUCCGAAGAUUCUGGCCUCUCCACGAAUGAAAAAAGGUGAAUGCAGAGAAUUAUAUUCACAGCGUAUGGUAACUACGUGCUAG